UCUCGAUCUUUAUUAAAUCCGUAGUUCCUCCUUCACUCGGCAUCCGCUGGCGCUGUGCUUCUCUCUCUCUCUCUCUCUCUCUCUCUCUCUCUCUAUGUUUUCGCGGUCACUCCCGUCUGGAGAAGGAGAAGGUCUCUUUGAGGGCAUCCUAUUGGCAACUUAUAUGUGGAGCUAAAUUCAGCAAAAAGAGCAUAACUUCAGAGAUAUAGCAAGGGCUUGUAGCACGAUUCUUGGAGGGAGGCACUUCUUUCUUAUAUUCUUUUAAUGCGAUAGAGCAGCACCUUCAGAUGACAAAUAUAGUUGAAGAUUAGUGAAUUUGUUGUGUUGUUCUUAGAACAUAUACCAUGCUUAAGGUCCCAGAUCAUCAGGUUGCUGGCCACAAGGGUCGUGAUGGAAUGCCCGGUCCCCUGGUUGAUGAUUCAGGGCACUUCUACAAGCCUCUUCAAGAUGAUGAUCGUGGGUCCAACGAGGUAGCCUUCUAUAAAUCAUUCUCAUCCAACACUGAGAUUCCAGAUCUCGUCCGGAGAUUCUUUCCUAUUUUUUAUGGAACUCAGCUUAUAGAGGCAGCUGAUGGAUCUGGCCUGCAUCCUCAUCUUGUGCUGCAAGAUUUUGUCUCAAGUCACCUCAAUCCAUCUAUCAUGGACAUUAAGAUUGGAUCCAGAACGUGGCCCCCCCAAGCAUCCGAGGACUAUAUCCAAACGUGUUUAAAGAGAGACAGACACACAACAAGCAUUGCACUGGGGUUUAUGAUAUCUGGAUUGCAGGUACGUGGGAGCCAAGAAUCUGAAACCUGGAAGCCAGAUAAAAAGCUUGUCAAGAAAUUUACUGCCAAGGAUGUUAGGUUAGUUUUGAGGAAGUUUGUCUCUACUAACACGUCUGUAGAUACAGGUAUGGACCCUGAUUGUUCUCUUGCAUCAACUGUUUAUGGUGGAUCUGCUGGAAUUUUGGCACAAUUGUUGGAACUCAAAAAAUGGUUUGAGGGUCAAACCAUUUACCAUUUCUAUUCUUGUUCCGUUAUCAUGGUGUAUGAUAAGGAAUCAGUAGUUAAAGAAAGGAAUUCUGGUGCUGAAGUAAAACUUGUUGAUUUUGCUCAUGUUUCGGAAGGCAAGGGUGUUAUUGAUCAUAACUUCUUGGGUGGGCUCUGUUCUUUGAUAAAGUUUAUCACGGAGAUUCUGACCAGCUCUGAUGAGUAUGAAGAAGCCAAAGCUUCUCUACAAGACCCUAAGAAGAAUUGUAAUUGUACUGAUUGAGCCACCUAGAAAUGAACAGGAUGUCUUCAAUGUUGACUUUCCCACCUCACUGUGUAGGUGUGGGCUCUGUCUUAUCUAUGUGCCUUCAUGGUGGGAUACUGAAAUCUAAGUACUUUUGGCUUGUAGUAGUUUCUAUUUCAUUUGUAAGCUUUUUUUUUUUUUUUGGGCUUAUCAAUACCAUACACAGAUCAGGUAUAAGGUAUGAAA